AACUCUUGAGUCCAUACUUCUUCUUAGUUCAGUGGUCUAUGGUUUAAUUUCUUAAUCCCAAUCUUUCUGCAUUUUUUUCAAUAUAUGUAAAUAGAAUAGUUACUCAAAUAUAAAGGGUCCCGGGGCCGUCGGUCAUCGGGACAAACGUUUCUUCGGUUUCUCGACGAAAACUGACGUCUGAAAAUUAUCUCUCGCUGCGCAAACCAAGGUAUGUUUCGGAUACCAAAGCCUACGAUGCCUGCAUCCACUGCAACGACAAUUCCGAAACGUCCCAAACAGACUCAAAGUUGCCUCUAUGCGUCCUACGAAUGUACGCAGUCUUGUCUAGAAGGUUAUUCAUAUUGCGCUAAGCACAUCCUGGAGGAUUCUAGUGCACCUUACAAACAAUGUGCAUUUGUAUAUAACACUAAUGGAAGAAAGUGUCAGAAUCCAGCUCCAAAAUUGGACAGAAGAGAUGUUUCCUAUUGCGGUGAACAUUCUAGAAAAGCACAAAUUGCUCGGAUUAAAUCGACAUCAAGGCGUUCCCUGCCAGAAACACCUGAGAUGUUGCUACUUAAUUUAAGCCAUUAUGUCAAGUCUGUCAAUUCCAGUGCUGAAGAUACAGAAGAGGAAAAACGAAAAGUGAAAGCUUUAGAUCCUUUCACCGAAGUUGAUGCUUACAAAAUAAAUGCAAGUGGAAGUGACAUCUUAGAUUAUGCCAGUUCCUCAGAAAGUGACGUAGAACCUACAGUUGUCACUGAUACCUUGAGAGCUUAUCUCGAUGACAGUGACAAUGAGAGUUUACAUAGUCCACAAGAGGACCCUCUUAAUAUCAAUUUUUUAAGGCAUGCUGGCAUCUUUACUGCAGAAGAAGUAAUUUAUAUCGCGAGAGAAAAAUUGAUUAGGCUUCAGUCUCUUUAUAUCGAUCAAUUUAGAAGGCUUCAGUAUGUACUAAAGGAGAAAAGACGAAAAUAUUUGCUCGGUCUGAAGAAGGAAAAGGAAACAUUAUGUAGUAUACACAGUCAAAAGAAAGAAACUGCAAAAGAGAAAAAGCUUUAUGAGAAACUGAAGGCUUUAAAUCGCUAUCACAGACGAAGCGGUGUUGAAGCGAUACUUUAUAGGAAGUCAUUGGAACGUCGAGCACAGGUAACUGAACCUAUUCAAAAACCGCCCAAUGUAUCCAAAUGCGUAUUCACCGAAGGUGGUGUAAAAUGUGGCGAAAGAACGCUUCCGUCGGCUAAGCACUGUCGUAAACAUAUCCUGAAGGAUCAACAUCAAGUUUUAUUUAAAGCGUGCGGAGCGGUGCGAGCGGACAUCGAGUGUCACGAACCUGUGCCAGUGAUCUUCGAUUCCAACUGCGUAUUUCACAUGAACUUGCCGUCACCGUGCAAGCUGGAGCCUAUGAAGUUUGAAGAGGAAAAACCUAUUAAACAAGAAAUAUUGAUGACCGACAAUCAGUCGAUGGAAAUCGACGUGGUGGGCGAGGCGCAAGAAAUUGAUCCUGACGACGAUAUGGCGGGGUUAAUGAGGGAAAUGAACGACUCCGCUAAUUUAAAACCUUCGUUUGCGAAUGAGAGCUUGAAUAGUGAGACCAGCACGGAUACGGCGUUUAGUUUGUCAGCGCAGAUGAGCGAUCGGGAUGAUUUCGUUUCUGUAUGACGAGAUAUUUUUACGUGAUUUUCAAAGUGGACUUAUCUUUACUGUUAUGUCGCUGCGAUUAAUAAAAGUGUCACAGUACUCUCUGUUAUUCAGAAUCACAGUUUUCUAAUUUAACUACCGAGUGUUUGAUUACACACGUGCAACGGACUUCACGUGUAAUGGAACUAUUUAAACUGACUUGUUAAUAUUAUAUUUGUAUAUAAUCGAAGAAAUAGAGCCAAAAGACUAUUAUAAAA